CUCGAUCUCAAGCUCUUCUCGUCCUCUCCGCGAUCUCGAAACUUACUGACAAUUACUUGUUCGUAUCUACUAUUUGUGUAUACUGAAGGCAUAUACAGACUCGACCUUGAGGCCUCUCAACCAUGUCUUUCCCGUCUUUUGUUGAUCCAAACACCAGUGGUGUUCAAAGGCAUCCUCCCUCCUCGCCACUUCAAUCGCGUACGGGAAAUAUCAUCGGUGCAUCUGCGCCGUUUCGAGCACCAGCACACAAACACGCACAUCAUUUACACUCAAUACCUCCUCGGGAGAAAUCGACUCGGACCCUGAUCAUUGACCACUUGCUCUGGGUACAUGCGCGCACCAGGUUUGCGCAAGCUCGUGCUGAACUCGGCAUGACAGACCGCACCGGUGGUCCUCCAUCCAACAACUUUGCUCACAGAGAGCGCCCGGAGAACUACGAAGAGGAUGAAGAGGUAUACAGCGAUGGAGAGGAUAUCACAACGCUCGUCGCACGCGCGGGGGGACCUGGACAUACUCAUGCAGAAGACGAGGACGAGAGGUUGGACAUGCAGGAUCUACCGCUCGCACGAAAUCUCAGACAGCGUGCAGAAAGUGUAGAGAAAGUGAUUGUAGCCAUGUUGGACCAACCGCCAGAAGUCCCUCCUCUGCACCCAGACGAUCUGCUUGAGCCCAAUACCUCACCACAGCUUCAGCCGACAUCAGUUCCUCAGCAUCAACAUAUUCUUCCUAAUGGUGUCCGUCUUCGUCUCGCCCUAGGGACCGUCAUUAACGACUUAUUUGCGCGCAGAGCACCUAAACCGCCUCAGCGAGCCUAUCAGGGGAAUAAGACGGGCCCUUCUCCUUCCCUUCCUUCUGCUCUUAUACCUCUCUCCACAGUCUCUCUGUCUGGUAGUGGCUCUCCCACACCACAUCAACGACCAAUACCGAGUGAUUACAUUCGAUCUUUGUACGCUAUAGGUGCAGAUCCGGAUGCUCAGAACUCUCCGCCUUCGCUUCGCUGCCCCAGACACCUUCACAUGGGCUGCGAAAUUUGUGUCGAAGCGAAGGUUCCGCCACGUCUUACGCCCAAGGCUCGCAGCUCCUCUUCCCGACCUGGCUCCACACCAACCGGUAGCCCUAGAGAUAGUCACACCAUACCCAGCGGAAGCAACGUCUUCGGACUCGGCGGAGGUGUUACAGGAUGGCAGGAAGGUAGUGGAAUUGGCAGUGGGUUGGCGAGACCUGGCCAGAGGGGUACUGUUUUGCGAAGAUCGUCGGACGCAUACAGGCAAACUACAGUCAAUAAUGGGGAAGGCAGUCGCUCGUCAAACCAAGAAUCCACAAAUGCUGCUAUGUUGAACACGAAACUGGCAGAGUUCAUUAUCAGAUUUUUGCGGCUUAGCGCUCUAGUUGCUUCCGAGCUUGGUCGGGAAGCUGCAGAGGAUCGACUCUCUCUAGAUGGCGGACGAGAGUAUGACCCUUCGAGCUCCUCCGGUCAAACCAGACCACCUUCAUCUCCACAAAUGCCGUUCAGACAACCUCCACAACGACAUGUAUCCGACAUCAAUGUGUAUGGACAUGCCCUUCGACCAUCGCGAGAGUGGUAUUUCCUGCUUGCCGGUCUAUUGACAAGAACGGUCCUUGAGGGAUUUAUAACUGGUGGAUGGCUCGGAGUGGAACCUCUAGAGGUCCUUCUCACUGUAGGUUUAGGGAUCACUCCCCGGUCGACACCUGAACCCUCCGCAACUGGUUCAAGUGCCGCUUCAGGGUCGAUUCCAAAGUCUAGACUGGACGAAUUUGCCGAGUUCGACCCAGAUGAUCUACCAGACUUGGAAGAGUCUGUUAGAAUGUUAUUCCCUUCAUUACGAGACCCAGGGUAUAACAAGGGCGGGAUGUUGCCAAGGAGGGAAGGUCCAGAGGCAGAAUACGAGAUUGAAAUGACUCAACGCCUUGCAAGGUUCUAUGAUGUACCGCAAUCGACACCAGACGUCGCAACCCACAUGGAAGACUUGGCCUGGCAAUUUCCUGCCGAAGCAGUUGAACGUGCUUCAUGCCGUUUUUGCGAAGCAGUGGCUCGCUGGCGGGGCAAACCUGAAUUAGAAACUUACAAGAAAGCAUCGUGGAUAACCCUAAACCAGGGCAAUCGAAGUUCAGGAAGCAAUGCUCCAAUGUCGAUUGACUCACUGCUGCAUUCAAACCCGACGAGUCCGACGGUCAUGCAUGCAACCCCCGUAUCGAGCAGAUCGCAAGCCCUGGCUCAGUCACGAAGACCAUCUAUCGAGAAGUAUUUCAUUAUGCCGGAGUCGUUGAUAAUUGGCAAAAGACGGAGAAGAUCAGAUCUGGGAUCUAGACCAAUGUGAUGAUAACGAAUAAAUAUAAUGUUGUACAGUAUCGAUAUUCGUGAGUCCCCUAUGCCAGCCGUACCCCUACAUACUGAUAAAAACGUGGAACAAACCGACAGUAUUUCAUGUGCUAGUAGAGCGGUAUCUGUUGUAUAUAGCAAGCGAGUCGCCUUCGGAGAAUCCUACCUCUAAUUUCGGUGCAACCAACUGCGGCGCACGUUCCGUCGAUUGUAUAACCGAUGGCUCGUCCGUGACAUCAUGCCCAGCACCGCCGGUGCAACCGAACCAACUACGAGACACGUCAACGAGUAUGGAAUACCAGUGGGGGUGGUAGAACGUACCUGCUGAGCUUGCCGGGCUUCUUGCGUUUCGACGUACUGAGCUGCAUACUCGAUGCUCGAGGACGUCUUCGACCGUUGGGCUGUUCUUCUCGCGCGUCCAGGGACGCGUGUUUGCUAUGACCUCCUUUUGCGUCCUCUUCACCCUGCUCCCUGUUGCUAGAUCCUGAAGCCAGCUGCUCCUCCCUCAAGUCUACGUGCGCUUUGAUGUCUGCAAGUUGCUGGCUUGUUGCUUUCUUGAUGUUCAUGCGCACGUCCGCCAGUUCUUUCUUGGUCAAAUCGCCAGGCACUUCCUUGCGUUUUGAGGAGUGCUUGCGAUCGAGUAUUUGAGGGGUGGGUGGGAGUCUUUUCUCGUCGAUCUGAACUCGUGACGCCCUCGACGCUGUCCUGCUUCCCAACUUCGGCGAUUGCGCUACUAUCUUGUGCAGCUGAUCCGCUUCUCGACGUUUUUCUUCAGCGUAAACCUGUGAUGCGUUCUGUCGGCUCUUCUCCAAUUGCUGUAUUCUUUCUUUGACCAAUUCUGUGUCGCUUUUGAGCUCUC